GGGGGGUCGGCGUAUAUUUUUACCAAACUAUCCGACGCGGAGAUCCUUCGAUCGAUUCGUGCACGGGGGGAGAAGCUGCUACCAUUUUUAGGGUUUCGGAGCAUCGGAUUUCGCGGAGAUUCCAUCGGAUUUGGCGAUUCUGAGGUCGCUUUUUCUCUGUGAUUUUGGGGCAAAAAUGUGUACUUGAGCUCGAUAUUGGUGUUACGAUCUACUUGGUUGUUUCAGAUCUAUGCAAAGAUCACGGAUUAGAAUUUUUUUUUUUUUUUUUUGUUCCGAGUUUUUUGAUGUGUUAAUGUUUCAAUUUUAUGCCCAAAGGUGUAACCUUUUUUGUUUUCUGGAAGGAAUUAAUUUUGGAUUUAGCUUGAUUCAGAUGUUUAUACGUGCUCAAGGCCUCUUUGUUUAGAUCUGAGGGCUAUAAUCUCCGGAUUAUGCGUUGCUACAGCAAAUGCAGGUUCGUGGAAUGCUCAAUUCCUUUGUGCUUUGUUGAUCUCUAAAUGUUUUGAUGGACCGCGAAAAUGACGGCUCUACGAGGUGCCAGAAACACCCUACUGAGAUCUUCACUGGUUUCUGUCCUUCUUGUUUGGUGGAGAGGUUGUCUACGGUCGGCACGAGCAACUCCAGGAGCGAGAUCGUAGAAGAGAUCUCAACAGAGAUCUCAGUUGCGUCCCCCGUUGCCGAGGAGAAGAAGCGCGGCGAAAUCAGGCGUAAAAAGACCCUCCUUUCGCUGUUUCAGUUGGAUGAUGUUGUUGAUAAUGGCGUGAAUGAGGAAUCUCUGAGGAAAGAGGUAGAGAGCUCGAGAAUUGGGAACAAUGGUGCCAGUUGCUCUGAAGCAGCCCCGUCGGGGAAUGUUGCGGCUGAUGAGAAGAUAAUGGUUGCUUUGGAUGAGCGGAAAUUGAACGGAAAAGGCAUGCUGUAUUGGUUGAGCUCGAUUUUGCCAAGGAAGGGAUUGACACGGGAGAAAGUGAAUACUUCGAACGAUGGCCGAUCGCAGGAAAGGUGUUCAAUUGAUCGCCCAAGAGAAACGCCGUUGGAAAGAAAGCCUAGUUUCCGGUAUUCUUGUGACUGGAUGGUGUGCCGAGAGUCGAGAAGGGGCUCAUGGGAACUCCCUAGGCGUUCGUGGGAUGGUUCAGUGGUGAGUAGGGCACUCGCCUGCUCGUUUGCCUGCCUUGAGGAGCGAAAAGAUGGGAUUAGAAGUAUAAAAGGAAAAUUAGCGGAGGAUAUUACGAGCAGAAACCCUAACCCAUCUGCUGAGAGUGGUGAUACAGCCAAAGCUAAUGGUCAGCCCUCGGCUGAUGAAUCCUCUGCGGAUUUAGCUAUUUCGAGAAUCAAUAGGAGAAAAUCACACAGAUGGAGCAAUGUGUGGGAUUGGAGUGUUACUAGCCCUUUGAGGGAUAUUGUAAAGAAGCGUGAGCGUGUGUUGGAGAGGUCUCUGUCCGAAUCUUGGAAGGAUGGGCGAAAGGAUAAAAUCAUAGAAGCUACAGAAGCUGAUAGUGGAGUGCAUGUUAAUGGGAACGGCUCAAGUUCGUCUAGAGAGAGCCAGAGUGUGAAACGGAAUGUGAAUGCUGCUAAUGAUGAUAUGCAGAACCUCAAGCCUGAUUGGCAAACGAAAAGAGAAAGCCGACUCGGUCGGAGUCGGAGUGUUCAUUACUCCUCUCCUGGAAAUGUAGAUAAUGGGCUGUUGCGCUUUUAUUUGACACCCUUAAGAAGCAGUAGAAGUACUAACAAAGGUAGGAGGAAAAAUUCACGCUUAUUUGCUAGAGGUAUAUUUGGGUUUUACUAAUAAGGGGCACUGUGCUUGAUCUAUGAGAUAAAGAAAAACUCCUGCAUCCAAGAAAACCCCUUUUGCUCCUACUUUGUUGUUGUUACGAAGGAUAGGUCGUCAGGACAAAUUAUUGACACCGCAAUUGUUUGCUACGGGAAGUGCUCAGUUAAUCUAAAUGCUUUCUAUCAAACUGAGGAAAGUUGCAUCAGAGAUGGAAUAACUUGGUUUCAGUAUUCAUGGUAUGUCCAAAGAGUUAUUCUUUACUGUUGUAUGUUAGUAUACUAUGUUCAGGUUAACUCUGUAGAUUAAUAGGAUGAUAUAAUUGUUUACUCGACAGAUAAUAAUGGAAAGGGUUAAUUGCAUACACGUCCCUGCAAACAUAAUGAAUUGCAGAUAUAUCCCUGCAAAACUCAAUUUCCAUAAGUUGUCCCUGCAAAAGUCCUAAUAUAUGCAGAUAUAUCCCUCUGGUUAGAAUUUGUUAGGAAACUGUUAAUUUUUUAACAGUUUUCUUGUGAAAUGACCUUUUUGCCUUCACAAAUAUAUCCCUCCAAAAUAUUCCCUCUUCCCCUUCUCUUUCUCUUCCUUUUCGGGCCGCCGGAGCGGACGGUGGCGGCGGGACGGCGGCGGCGGUGCGGGGUCGGGUUCGCCGG